CUGCGAUCAGUUUUGAAACGUGCGUCGCGUCGUCAAGUCGUGAUUCGUGAUUGAGUUUGGAAAGAAAGCAUUGUAAAACUUGCACAGAGAAUGGCCCAAAAAAACGCAUAAUUGCUGUUUGACAAGUUGUCUCAAGAACAAUAAAUUAAACGUUUAAGAAAACAAAAAGCAAUUGUGAAAAAUAUCAAACUACUACGCCAAAUUGGAAGCUAUUAAAAUGAGUAAACUGCAGGGUAUCGUGCAUCCUGUUAAAAAGGAAUUUCGACGAAAAGGCUGCGGAUUCGAUCAUCAUACACCUGAUGACUUUGUGAAAUCGCAGUGGCAAACAUGUACAAAAAGUAUGACAUAUCUGUUCUAUCGCUGGUUCAUGGCUCUCUUCUUUGUGGCCGUUGUGAUUGAGUCGAUGUGGCCCGUAAAGGAUGAUGAGUCCAGUUAUUGGUUGUACUUCAUCUAUAUGACCAAUUGGGGUAUUUGGAUGUGCAUGCUUACAAAUCUCUUGGGUGCUAUAUUGGUUACCAUCUGGCAUUAUCAUCCAGAAUAUGCAGAUAAACUUUUGAAUAUGAAUGGCUGCUGUAGUUUUUUCCGUAUUUAUUGGGGAAUGCAUAUAAUCACUUUGGUUCUUUCCAUUGUGAUAACUAUUAUCUAUUGGAGCAUACUCUAUGAUGCUAAUGAAAGCACUUUGGAUGCCACAAAUGUGCUCACCCAUGGUUUCAAUUCCAUUUGCAUGUUCAUCGAUCUAUGGAUAGUGGCCCAUCCACUGAGACUUUUACAUAUCUUUCUUCCAGUAUUAUUUGGCAUUAUCUAUGCUAUAUUUUCUUAUAUCUAUCAAAUCAAUGGAGGUAUCAACAAAAAGGGUAAACCAUAUAUUUACCAUGUGAUUGACUGGAGUAAGCCCAAGGAGGCAUUCAUCACUGUGCUCGGUGUCCUUGUUCUGUCCUGUUGCAUCUAUGUGUUACUUUUUGCCUUCUUUAAGCUGCGUCUGUUUCUGCAUCGAGUGUGUCGGAAUAAUUCGUUUGUUCUACCCACCAGUAAUAAGAAGCAACAUGGUAAAUCAAAUGGACUGGAUGAUAAGCAAUCAUCGAAUGGCAUUCAGCAUUCGCCAUCUCAUAUAUCCAUGGUAUUGGGUAAUUUUACCGGCUACGAGAAUCAAGCGUAUUCGCCAAGUGGCGAGAUGGCGACUGUCAAUAAGAUUUAAGAUUAUAUUUCUAAUAUUUGUAUAUACUAUUGUAUGUGUAGUUUAGUCAAAUUGUACCAGUGAUAUUAUGUUUUAUUCUAUGUUAAUGAAAUAUUUUAAAUGUGGAGGAUUGAAAUAAAUAGAACAAAC